AAAGUGGGUGAUACUGAACUAAUAGACUUUCAAAUUCACAAAAAUCCAUCAUUCGAUCUGGUGUUGGGGCAAGAUUGGUUAUGGAUGCGUGAAGCAAAAAUAAGCUUUGGAUAUUCUCCCAAAACCUGUGUUCGCUAUGCUAAAAUUGUAAUUGAUAGUAUGAGUAUCCCAUUAAUCGAAGAAAAUAGUAAUAAAGCCAGCUCUAGUAAAAAUAACUUAUCUCAUUCUAAAACAGAAAUCAAUAAACCUGAUCUUAAUUUAGAAAAGUUUAUAGAUAUAUUUAAGAAAUUAUCUAUAGAGACUAAUUUAUCCAGUUCCGAUUCAGAAUCCACGGGUUCAGACUGGUACGAUCUUGAUCUAAAAAAACCCCGAAAGAAACGCAUCUAUAUUACAAAGAAAAAGGUUAUCUCUUCUAACCAAAAACAUCGUAGAAAUAAGCCAGUUAGAACUAAGUAA